AUGGCGUCCUUCAUCUCUGGUGCUGCCUUCGGCGCUGCCAUGUUUGCUGCUGGCUUCCACCACCCGUCCGUCAUCGUCGCCCAGCUCAAGUUUGAAAACUUUCAUAUGAUACAGGCUUUCCUCACCGCAACAGCGACUAGCGCGAUCGUGUACACCAUUGCGGAAAAACUCAACUAUACUCAUCUGAAUCCACGGUCAAACUCUCCGCUGGGACUUUUUUCCAAGUAUGAUGGCAAUAUUGUUGGUGGCGGUCUGCUCGGGGCAGGCAUGGCUUUGUCAGCCUCGUGUCCUGGAACACUCAUCAUUCAAGCUGGAGCGGGUGUUGGCACAAGCGUGUUCUCUUUGAGUGGUGCGAUACUCGGCGGCAUUGCAUGGACUGGAUUUCUGGGCAAGCUAAUCAAUAGAAGAGCAAAAAGUGCCGAUCUGAAGUUGGAUGUUGUUCCUGUCGGGGAGCAUCUCGGGCUCUCCAGAACUGCGACAUUGGUCGCCUUGGAAACGGUUUUCACCUCCAUCAUUGUGCUCACAACUCUUACCACGCCUGCCGCCCCGGAACCCAAGCUCCUUGGGGCAAUUGGUGGUCUUCUUAUUGGCUCGGCACAGGCCUUUUCCAUUUUGACCCGGCGGUCGAUGGUUGGCGUCUCGUCCUUCUACGAUGAAGCAGGCCAGAUCUUUUGGUGGAUUCUCAGCGGCUUCAAAGCCAGUUCAAAGCCCACCUCCUUACGGAACACUCUAUUUGCCACGGGGAUGUUCUCUGGGGUAUGGCUACUGGCUAAGGCAGCCCCUACGUUGGUCGGAGAAGUUGUCGUUGAAACAUCACCGCUCCUUGCGACAUUGGGAGCAUUUCUGAUGAUCAUUGGUGCUAGGACAGCUGGAGGGUGCACAUCAGGUCAUGGAAUUAGUGGGAUCUCUCUGCUUUCUACAUCGAGCAUGAUCACGAUUGCGAGUGUAUUCGGAGUCGGAGCAAUUGUUGCUGCCGGUUUAUCAUAG